AUGCUGGUCAUCGGGGUCUCYUUCGCCUGCUACUCCCCGAGUUUGAAUUCCCUGCAGGACCAGGCUUACAAAUCCGCUGUGGUGAUCGAGGGCAAGGUGCAGUCCGCGCCUCUGAACGUCUCAGCGGAGCCGUACGGUGUGAGUGUCAAAGUGCUGGACGUGUGGCCGCGGAACAGCGGGGGUCUGGGACGGGAGCAGCUCGUCACCGUGGGGGAAUUCGGAUCGGAGGCUCCGUGCACCACAGUGAUAAAGAAUCACAAGUACAUUUUUUUCAUGGACCCAACCGAGGAUCCCUUGGUUUUCAAGGCAUCGUAUGCUCCCCUAGAUACUAGUGGGAAGAAUCUAAAAAAAGAUGUUGGGAAGAUAUUGUGUGAAAACUGCGCYAUYGCCCCAAAGUUAAAGCGAACGAGGAACCCACUGAUGGUGGACGAGGGAAGCAGGCUCAUGGUCAAAUGUGAGGCUACGGGGAACCCCAGCCCUACCUACAAAUGGUUCAAAGAUGGCAGUGAGCUCAAGAAAAGCAGAGAGGUCAAAAUAAAGUCCAGCCAGAAGAACUCCAGGGUCCAGAUCAGCAAAGCCAAGCUGGAGGAUUCUGGGAAUUACACGUGUGUGGCAGAGAACCUUCUGGGGAACUCCAACUCCACCAGCACUGUUCAUGUCCAAAGCAUAACCACCACACUAUCGCCAGGCUCGGGCCACGCCAGAAGAUGCAACGACACCGAGAAGGAUUACUGCGUGAACGGCGGCGACUGUUACUUUAUACAUGGUAUCAAUCAGCUCUCCUGCAAGUGUCCGAAUGACUUUACUGGCGACCGCUGUCAAAACUACGUUAUGGCCAGUUUCUACCAGCAUCUUGGGAUUGAAUUUAUGGAGGCGGAGGAGCUCUAUCAGAAAAGAGUCCUGACAAUCACGGGUAUCUGCGUGGCUCUGUUGGUGGUGGGAAUCGUGUGUGUAGUGGCCUACUGCAAAACCAAGAAACAGAGGAAGAAGAUGCACAAUCACCUGCGGCAGAACAUGUGUGCAGAUCACCCCAACCGGAACCUAGCGAACGGACCCAAUCACCCAGGACCUGGCCCUGAGGAGAUACCCAUGGUAGAUUACAUCUCAAAGAAUGUGCCUGCAACGGAGCGUGUCAUACGGCACGGAACAGUGGCCUCCUUCCCCGGCAGCCACGCGUCUUCCAGAUCUCACAACUCCUAUACCCAUGCCCGUUCAUCCACUCACAGACACGAGGAGCGGACGUGGAGCCUGGAGCGGACUGACAGUGUCCUCUCGGACUCGCCGGGCAUGAUGUCGUCCUCCGUGGGGACCAGUAAAUGCAACAGUCCUGCGUGCAUGGAGGCCCGGGCCAGGCGUGCCGCACACUGUGGCUUUACUGUGCCCCACCGGCCGGGAUUGCAGUACGGGGACUCGUUCGACUCGCUGGGGGACUCUCCGCACAGCGACAGGUAUGUGUCGGCCCUGACGACGCCGGCCCGCCUCUCUCCAGUGGACUUCCAUUACUCGCUGCCCCCGCAGGUGCCUAUCUUCCAGAUCACCUCCCCCAACACCAGCCAGGCCAUGUCCCUGCCGCCAGCCGCCCACUACCCCCUGGAGGACGACCAGCCUCUGCUGCGGCGCUACCAGGUGCCCCUGCACGACAUCCAGCGCCAGGAGCCCUACCGGCAGCAGCGCCGCACCUACCUGAACGACAGCACGGGCAGCCUGCCCUCCAGCCCCUACCGGCUGGCUGAGGAAGAAGACUACGAGACCACGCAGGAGUACCUGUCCUCCCGAGAGCAACCAAAGAGAAGUGGGCCUGGCAGCGGUGGUGGUGGGGGUCGGCGCUUGCGGAGGUCCAGGCUGAACGGCCACGUAGCGCCGCGAGGAUACGAGGCAUCACGGGACUACGGCUCUCGCAGCUGCCUGACGGACAGCGAGUCGGAGGAGGAAGAGGGCGAGAGCACGCCCUUCCUCAGUAUGCAGAAUAUGAACGCAGAGCCCUCCACCAUCUACAGGCCAGCCGACAGUCGGACUUCUCAGUCGCACUCUACGGGGCGGCACGGUGCACGCGGGAACGUACAGACCAGACAGACGCACUCGCGGUCCAAACCGGACAAUGCACCCCACUAAAGAAAGAAGUCGACCUACCAACAAAAAAUCUAUAUACUAUAAACCUGCACCUAUAAGAAAUAUUUUUAUUUUAUAUAACUGACAGAUAUUCUAAACAAAUGAAAUAUUUAUUUUCAUUUUAGCAAAAGUUGUCUACUAGUUAACAGCAAAGACUUUUUUAUAGGGAAAACUCUAUUUAUAUGUACAUUUUGAUUUACAGCAUAAAAACACGUGCCAAUUUUUUCACUACUUAAAAAAUAGAGUAAUAUUGUGGUGCCUUUUGCUGUAUGCCGAUGCCAGAGGGCCAGUGGAGGUUUUUGCUGUGUGCCGAUGCCAGAGGGCCAGUGGAGGUUUUUGCUGUGUGCCGAUGCCAGAGGGCCAGUGGGAGGUUUUUGCUGUGUGCCGAUGCCAGAGGGCCAGUGGAGGUUUUUGCUGUGUUGCCGAUGCCCAGAGGGCCAGUGGAGGUUUUUGCUGUGUGCCGAUGCCAGAGGGCCAGUGGAGGUUUUUGCUGUGUGCCGAUGCCAGAGGGCCAGUGGAGGUUUUUGUAGCCUUUUCUUAUAUGGACAUCAUUUUUUUUAUACACGUUUUCUCUUUUGGCUUUUAUUUUUCUUUCUUGGAGUCUAGCCCCAUUUGAACGUUACUCCUCCCCUUCCACAUCAUGCAAUAUAAACCACUUAAUCAUAAGGUGUAUGUUUACAUUAAUAUCAUUUGCCUAUAGGGUUUAUCAUUUUUGGCAUCCAAUGGAAAAUCUGAUAAAUGCAAACGCAGGUCCUUUUUGCUCUCUGAGUGAAGGAGUGUGUGUGGGCGUGUGUGUGUUGUACCAACUCAUUGCUCUAUUGGCCACCAAAGCAAGCUGAAUCAGUCAAGGAAAGCUGCUGAUGCACAGUGAGGCCCAACCUGGGUUCCAGGGUUGUGCUGCUGUUGGGUAGAGAGUUCUGUUGGGUAGAGAGUUCUGUUGGGUAGAGAGUUCUGUUGGGUAGAGAGUUCUGCAUGUUGUUGCUUGAUGUGUGUUUACAGCUGCCUCACCUAACCUGCCCCACCCCACCCCGGCCAUCCUUGYCCCAACAGGGUAAGGUUUUACUUCAUGGCCCCCCCUUGCCCCAACAGGGUAAAGUUUGUCUAAUGGCCCCCUCCUUGUCCCAACAGGGUAAGGCUUGUCUAAUGGCACCCUCCUUGUCCCAACAGGGUAAGGUUUGUCUAAUGGCCCCCUCCUUGUCCCAACAGGGUAAGGCUUGUCUAAUGGCCCCUCCUUGUCCCAACAGGGUCAGGUGUUGUCUAAUGGCACCCUCCUUGUCCCAACAGGGUAA